AUGCAGGAGGCUGCCUGCACUGCCUCAGGGGCCCUGUCCUUCCUGAGGCAAAGAAUCACUCUGCUGGAACAGAAAAUAGAGGAACAAGCACAGGAAAUCCAAGUGAAGGACAGGAGAAUUGCUGAACUUGAAGAGAAGAUGAAGGCUCUGCAGCAGGAAGCUGCUCCCAACUCAUCCACAGCAGAGGAGCUGGGAAGGAGAAGCCUUCAGCUGCAGAGCCAGGUCUGGGAGAUGGAGCGCUUCCUGAGCGACUAUGGCCUGGUCUGGGUUGGAGAGGGACACAAAGAGCUGGAAGAUGCAGAACCAGGCAAGGAUGAGGGAGAGCUGCCAGCAAGGAGCUUCUGGAAGCCAGGUGAAGCUGUUGUCUCCCAGCAGCAGAUUGAUUUUGACCUGAUCCUGGCAAAGGUGAAGGAUCUGAACCUGCUGGCUGGGGAAGGCAUCACUCAGAUCCAGCUGACAGCUGGGGGAGCUCAGCUGAGGCAGCCAGCAGCCCUCCCUCUGACUCUGUACCAGAAUGGGAUGGUGCUGGCAGGGAGACCCUUCCAGCCCUACCAGCACCCAGCCACACAGCAAUGCCUGCAGGACAUCAUCGAUGGAUACUUCCCCUCUGAGCUGCAGCUGCACUACCCAGAUGGCAUCCCCCUGCAGGUCACUGACAGAAGGGAUGUGGUGUUCCAGGAGAGAGACCUUCCAGGGAGGUUUCCUGGCCCUGGCCAAGUGGUUGGCAGGUCCAGAGCAAGUGAGGUGCAGGACAGCCCUGGGAGCCCAGGUCCCAAGCUCUCCUUGGAGCAGUUUCUCACCAAGCUUCCCAAGCCAUCAACACCUGGAGAGGCCACCAGGGUCCAGGAUUCAGCCAGAGCUGUGCAGCAGGGCUCUGGAGGAGUGCAGAGCAGCAGAGAGAACCUGCUGGAGACAGCCAGGCUGCCUGUCCUGGAGAGGUGUCUGACCUGCAGGGGGAAGGAGGCUGAGGCUGCUGGCCCUGCCGUCUGCAGGCUGCGUGUCAAGUCCGAGGGCGGGGAGCAGAGCCAGGUCCUGCGGCUGCUGCCCACGGACACCAUCGGGGACCUGCGCCGGCGCCUGGCGCUCACCAGGGGUGGAGACUCUGCCUCCUAUGAGAUCAUCAGCACCUUUCCCCACAGGGUGUAUGUGGACAACUCCAGGAGCCUGCAGGAAUGUGGCCUGACCCCCAGUGCCUGCUUGCUGCUGAGGAGCAGAGACCUCUCCCCACAGCGGGGGUCAGGGCUGCACACAGCUUAACAGCAAGAGCUGCUCCCC